AUGGUCAAGAGAUUUCGGUUGCUAGGGGGUUCUGAAACAUCUGGUCAUGCUCAUAGUAAUAAGCAAAUGUGGGGAGUUCUCAUCAUUGCCAUCAUAGCAGUCUUAGUGGGAUCCUCGUUGUUCUUCUUUUGCAGAAGAAAGCUUAGCCGAAGAUGGAGCCGUAAAGGAGGUCUGAAAGCUGAGAAAUUAAGGUUGAGGCGUUUCCAGCUGGAGGAGCUGGAGAAGGCUACCAGGAAUUUCAGUGCAGACUGUUUGUUGGGGUCUGGUGCGUUCGGGAAUGUCUACAAAGGAAUCUUUGAGGCUGAAGGUACGUUAGCAAUCAAGAGAGCUCACGCCGAGUCAUACCAAAGCGUUGAAGAAUUCAGAAAUGGACCAAAAGGUGCAAAAGUAUUGGUUUAUGAAUACGUACCACAUGGUUCAUUACUUGAGUACAUCAUGGGAAGAGGAGGAAGAAACUUGACGUGGAGGCAAAGAGUAAACAUAGCUAUUGGAGCAGCAAAAGGCAUAGCUCACUUACAUGAUGGGAUUAGGCCUAGCAUAAUCCACCGUGAUAUAAAACCAAGCAACAUCUUGAUUGGAGAUGGGUUCGAACCCAAGGUCUCAGAUUUUGGACUAGUGAAAUUGGGUCCAGUAGGAGACCAAUCCCAUGUUAGUAGCCAGAUCAAAGGAACGCCAGGAUACCUUGAUCCUGCAUAUUGCACAAGUUUUCAUUUGAGUCCUUUUAGUGAUGUUUAUAGCUUUGGGGUUAUCCUUCUGCAACUCGUUUGUGCCCGGCCGGCUGUUGAUUCAACUAGAAACCAACCUAAUUAUCAUAUCAUUGACUGGGCAAGGCCCAGUAUAGAGAGGGGCAGCAUCGAAGAAAUCCUUGAUGCUAGUCUUUUAUCAGAGCCAUGCAAUAUGGAAAUGAUGCUGGAGAUGGGAGAACUUGGACUCAGAUGUGUGGUGAAAAUGCCUAAAGACCGGCCUACUAUGACUCAGGUCUUUCAAGAACUAGAAGAUACACUUUAUUCAGUUGACAACUCCAUCAACAAACAGCCCUGGAGAAGCUCCCGGAGAACAAUAUUUGGCAAGUUUUCUCGACCAACAGAGCAAGGGCAUCGUAGAUCAUUAGACCAGGACUACUCUCAAAGCUUUGUGAGCAUAGAUGGUGUUGGAUUUCAAAAGUUUCGUGUUGAGAUGGAUAGUGUUUCAUUCCAAAGCACCAGCCUGAGAUGUUUUGAGAUCAACAGUGUUAGUGUUGAUGUUGAUAAGAACAAUUUAAGAGGAAUAAGUGACGAGACAGGUAGAGAAAGAGAUCGGUUAGACAAGUGACUUUAUGUUUUCAAGGUAUAGGAAACCUCAUUGUGUUGAUAUCAUUGCCACAAGACAUCUGGUAUUCGCCAUUAAAGGAAAGAUCAUAGACAACAAAUCCUCUUUCUUUCCUUUUCUUUCCGUGUUUAGGUGGAUGAAAGAA